CGCAUAUAUAACCCAGUUAGAAUCAUUUAUGCAUUUAAAUUGACAGUGAACAAACCCGAGUUAAUUUUUACCAUUUUACCUCAAAAUUAUGAACAUAUUAUAUAUUUAACCUUAUAUUUUUAUUUAAAUUAGAUUGUUAAAAAAAUAUUAUUUCUUGAAUCAAAAAUAUUCAUAUAUGUUAAGUACUAGAUUCCGUAAUCUUCCACAAACCAGAUAUCUUAAAAUGAUUUAGAUUUGUGGUUAGUCUACAUAGAAUUAAAGAAAGUCGAUAAUUUCAAAUGUUAAAUCACUAAUUAAUACAAUAUACCACCUUUAUUAGACUUUAUGGAAUAGGCCAACAAGUCUGGUCAAUGAUGGCCCAAAAAAAGUCUGAAACCAAAUACUAAAAUAAGAUUUCAUGAUGGGAUAAAAUGAAGAGACUAUUCUGAUUUUAAACCCCCUUAUGAUUUAUUAAUAAUUCAAUUCUUAUAUAAAUGUGUAAUGUGUAAACUGUCUCAGUUGAUUCAUGCAUAUUUAAACGACAAUUCAACAAUAACAGUUUAAUUCUAAAAGAAUAUUUUUUAAUUUAUCAGAUGUAUAUCAUAAUUCACAAAAAAUGUAAGAAUCUUAGGGCUGAAAAUGCCGAUAUUUAUUUACAACUUCACGAUAAUGCAACUUCUAAAACAUUUAGCCACAAAAUGCCCGGAAGACCGAAGAUUCUGGUCAUGUAAAUACAUAGGAAUAGUUUAAAAGAAAACACAGUUGAUUGAAAUCAGAUUUUAAGGAGAUUUUAAGGAAAAGGGACAUGCAUACGUUGCAUGCCAUUUAGUGCGCCUCAUGCCUUUGGUAUUCUUGAUAAAAACAGUUGUUUUAAUAUUUUUAACACUUUAAAAACUUAAUCUUGAAACGAGUUGUAAGGCCUAAUUACAAAGGAAUUUGAUAACGAAUAAAUCAAGAAUCACAUUUACACACUUGGAACUUUCCGGAGUGGUUUUAGGGUUUAACUACUUUAAAUUCAAGAAGGUAUUUAAAAGUUUUAAUUAAUUAAUUAAUUAUUAUGACAGUUGUUUCUUGUGGGCUCGGCAAAACCAACGACAACGAAUCUUCUAACAGCGGCGUAUCUUUCGGGUUGAACUGUGGCAACAAAAGAACAAAUUCACUAAUCACACUUCAGGUCGUUGAUACAAACCAUUAUGGAAAUCAAUUUGUUUCUCAACAUUUAGAAUCGAAACGAUAUCAAACUCUAGAAUUAUCAAAUCUUCAAAAACUUUACGAUUUAGGCUUCUUAAAUCAGGAUCAAUUCUCUAAUUUAAAUAGUGAAAAUAUGUUAUCUUUAGGUUUAAAUAACAGAUUUAAUUUAUUGUCAAAAAAAUUGGCUGGAAAUAAUGAGGAAGAGGAAGAAAAGCCUGACAAUUUCGAAGAGGUCCAAGUGCCCGAAAAUGAAGAAGCUCCAUUCGAUGAAUCAUAUCCUACCAUAAAGCUAGAUGACAACGAAACUUCCUCAAAUAUCGACGGUCUUUUCCAGAAUGUGUCAAUUGAUAAUGUCAAAACUCAACCAGUUUGCAACUUAUUUGGUAACUGCUUCAAUAAUAAAAAAAAUCCAUACCAAGCCUCUUUGAACUACGAAAUGUUCAGAUUGACAGGCGCAUUAAGUUCUUUCUUUGAACCUCCAGAGUUUGUUGAUUUGGAGACCGUUGUUAGUGAAAAUACCAAAGGGAACCUUUUUUCAAAAUGCCUCAGACCUGUUAAAUCCAAAUUUGAAGAUAACUUAACCAAUAGUCUCAAUAGCCAACAAUUAAGCUCAAUUUUAUCGCAAAGUUCAUUAGUCCCAGGUGACAUUGGUUGUUUUGGCACCUGCAACAAGAAGCUUAGGAAAUUCGUAGACCUCGAUAAGCUCGGCACUCUUGCCACAGCCACCUCUUUUGGUCUUAAGAAUCUGUACCACAGUUUUUCCUCAUUUAACCAAAACACAUUUACUUCCACCAAGAGCUUUGAGUCCUUUCCUUCUAAUGCCUCCAACGAACCCAAUAAUUUCUCCACGUUCCAAUCUGAAAAUUUGAAGGAGAAAUCUUUUUUUAACCUUGGGACCUUCAGAAGAAAGGAGCAGGACAGGAAGUUGAGACCCAAAUACAAGAAUGUAAGGCCAAACACUUUUAGACUUCACGCAGUUGAGAUCCAUCAGUAUGUUCCCCUGCCCAAUUUUCCCAGCUCAAGGUUUGUGGACCAAAAAUCGAGGGUUGAUCAGUUUAAAUCUGACGCUAAUUCUUACAUGGCCAAUUGCUUCUUUAAUCCUAAUGCCACUGGUCCUGUUGCCCCCAUGAUGAACAACAUUAUGAACGGAGUUACCAACUACCCAGAUCUUUAUUCAUUGAACACAAAGUUCCAAAGACUUAACACUCAAGAUUUAAGCGUAUGUGUUAUGCCUCUAGGGUCCUCCAAUGGUUUUAACCAACAGAACCCUUUGAGACUUGUUGAAUAAUUUAAAUGCCGACG